GUUUUCAUGACGAGUUCUUCAGAUAUCGAGGGUAUACACUGGACGGUCGAAAUGCUUCAAGACAUUAUUCCGGAGAGCAUGACCGUUCUUUUUCGCCGUUGGUUCGCUCGCUGGGCUCAAGAGGGUUCAGUGUCAUUUAUUGCUGGACGAGCCGACGUCAUCAUACUCUCCGCAAGAUGGCUGUCCUCCCGGAUGAAUGCAGGCAGCACUUGCAAGCGCUAGUCAAACUGGUCGACGUUCUCUUUCGGCAGACAACCUUGAACACACUCUGAUACCGCACCACUCACUUGGUUAUAGGCUUAAGCAUGGCUGACUUGUCGAAACUGACCCCGCCAAAAGACCUCUCUGAGGCGGACAGACAGACCCUCUUCGAACACCUGUUUCGUCGACUGGCCGUGUAUCGUCACUCCGCAGAGCUCUACGCUCGUGUGGAGGAAUUCCAUCACUCCUCUGACACACAUGCUAGCAACGAAGAAGCUACUGCAACCCGUGAAGAGUUUAUGCGCGAGGUCGACGCCUGGGGACAGGCCUUACUAGAGAAUGCGUGGUUUGCGUGUCAGGAACCCGGAGGAGGCAAAUGCCCGACUUUGGACCCUCUGUCGGAUACUUCGGUCGGCGACCUCCCACCCCUUCCACCUCCCGACCAACUCUCUCGAACCCUAAACGCCAUCUUAUUCCUCCACAUCACCUCCUCCAAACGCUACUCUGCUCGCACACGCGCCUUCCUCACCGCCUUCUCCCCAGACUGCCCGCCAGAUGAAUUUGUCGUUGCUGCCACUCUCAAGGAUCCCGAUGCUGCUGUCAAGCACGCAGAACAGUACGUCGAUAGCGCGAAGAAGAAACAUGCAGACAGUGGUAAAACACUGCGCAUGAUGGGAAUGGGUCUCGGCGCUGUGGCAGGUGGCGUGCUCGUAGGGGUGACUGGUGGCCUAGCCGCGCCUCUUGUCGGAGGAGCCGUCAGUGCCCUAUUUGGUGCUCUUGGAGUCGGUGGCACUGCUGUUGGCUUAUUGGCGAGUGGCCUUGCGAGCUCGGGUGUCGUUUGUGGUGCACUAUUCGGCGCGUAUGGAGCGAAGACUACUGCGAAUAUGGUGGAGAGACAUACGAGGGAGAUCAGGGAUCUGAAGGUCGUGCCCGUGAGGAAGCCUAAAGAGACGUUGGCACUCAGACUUUGUGUUAGUGGGUGGUUGAGCGAGAAGGGUGAUGUUACUGCGCCUUGGACAGUAUUUGAGGGAGACGAUACGUUUGCGCUGCAGUGGGAGGUUCAAGCCCUUGAGGAUCUGUCCAACGCGAUGUAUACACUAGUGAAGUCGCAGGCUAUGAAGUACGUUCAAGCGGAAAUAAUCCGACGAACGAUCUUUGCCGCCCUCAUGACUUCCCUCGCACCGAUGGCCUUCUUGAAAGUCGGCAAAAUCAUCGAUAACCCAUGGAUGAACGCCAGAGCUCUCGCUCUCAAAGCCGGGGCCGUCCUCGCCACCCUCCUCUCCUCACACGCCUUUGGUACCCGUCCAAUCACUCUGACCGGCUACUCCUUAGGCUCCCUCGUAAUCUUCGAAGCCCUCCGCAUCCUCGCCGAAAACACCGCCGAAUAUCCACCCUCCUCCACAACGCACCUCAUCUCCGACGUCUUCCUCUUCGGCACUCCCGUGUCCACCGACCCUCGACCCUGGUCCUCCAUACGUCGUCUCGUGUCGGGGAGACUGGUGAACGGUUACGCAGCGCAAGAUUAUGUAUUGGCGGUAUUGAGUAGAGCUUCGCAGGCGAGUUGGGGUGUGGCGGGAUUGGGAAAAGUGGAGGUGCAGGGGGUGGAGAAUGUGGAAUGUAAGGGUGUGGAUGGACAUUUGAAGUGGAGGGGGUGUGUGGGAAGGUGUUUGGUGGAUGUGGGGGCGAGAGGGGUCAAUGAAGAGGAAGCAAGGAAGCAAGAGAGGGAGGUGGGGCAAGAAAUCGGGAAGGAGAUGGAGAUGAGUGAGGGGGAAGUGGAGAAGACGUUGCAGGAGGGUAUGGGAGAAGAUGAGGUGGGUGCGGGAGAGGGGGAGGGGGAGAAGAAGAAAUGGGAGAGAUUUGAGAGUAUGAAAAUGGGGAAAGGGGAGGCUGGUCGCUGA